AUGGAUGCGACUAACACUUCAAAGACAACAGAGAUAGUGACCGAAACCCCUCGCCAAGAGGAAGGCCUCAACGAAAAGUCCAACCCUGGCAGCCAGGUGAAUCUGGUUUACAGCGAUGCCUCCCAAGAGCCUGAGAUCCAUCUUCGAACCUACAUUGCUGUUGUGGCCAUGCUGGUUCUCAGCUACGUUCAAAUUAUUGCCCUUCAAGGGCCUCCGCUUGUGGCAACUGCCACCCCUACACGCUCUCCCUCCAACAAAUGGAAUGGCCGCUCCUUGGCAAGACGUAUCUCCAACUCGCCGCAGUGGAUGCAAAUGGCCAUGUGGGGGUUCACAGCAGUUUCCAUUCUCAUCGGCUACCGACCUAGAAAGCGAUAUACAGUCUACCAUGAAAUGCCUCUCGGUCAAAAGAUCAAGGCCCUUGACUUGAUCGGAGUAGGUCUCUUUGCCUCCGGCCUCACUCUAUUCCUGGGCGGACUUAAUCUAGGCAACGGGCAGUUUGCUUGGACGGACAGCAAGGUCCUUUCGACUCUGAUUAUAGGGCUUGUGACGCUGCUAGCUUUCACUGUUAUUGAGUGGAGAGGAACCAAGAGCGUUUCCACAUAUAUGCCACCAACAUAUGCCAGGACAACCUCUCUAUUUGAACAAGAUCCCUUGCUAGUGGCCGUGCGUGCCCAACCCUUUUGGAUGGCGAGCGGACUAUCAACUCUUUUCUGGGGCUACUGGAGCAUCAAGGCCAAGUCCAUCCGAGUUCCUCUCUCGGCAGCGUUUCUCAUCUUUACCGGCGGCAUCGUCGGGUUCGCCACCAUUCAGCCAGAUGACUCGUUGGGCACCUGGUUCUUUGCUGGCGUCUCCGGCAUUGGAUUUGGCGGCCCUCUUAUCUUGAUUAUUACAGGCAUCCAACUUGCAACGCCACAUGUGCUCAUUGCAACGGCCACGGCACUGGCCGUCACGACUCGUGCUGUUUCUGUGGCGGUGUUUACAGUCAUCCUUAGCAUUGCCUUCACCGAACGGCUUCAGCCAAACAUUGUCAGUCAGGUGUCUACGACCGCACUCAAGGCCGGGCUCCCAGCGCCGUCAGUGGUAGUUUUUGUUGCGGCUUUGGCUGCCAAGGACAUGGCGGCCCUCCGGUAUAUUCAAGGUGUCACGCCUCAAAUUAUCGCCGCUGGUAUUCAGGCCCUGAGAUAG